UUUUUCCACGACGUGCCCUCGCAGCAGCUGGAUGAUGCGCACCACACGGCUGCUGCAGCCGCGCGGACAGCACACGACGAUGGAUCUCUCUCCAGAUUCCCACGCUCUUUUAUCGAAUCCCAGCUGAAAACUCACAUCCUGGCAUCCCUCUGUGUUCCUCUCUGGCUAUAAUCAGGAACAACAAUAAGAAAGAUGUUGAACUUCUCCGGACGCAGCUUGAUGGAUUUCCUGAGCACCGACUUCAUGCUGCUUUUUGGAUAAAUCUCAGUCAUCCUCUGCUGAAACGCAUCAAAUCGGUGUGAGAUGUCCGACUUGCACAACCGGAGCCAAAUCAGCGCGCGACGCAGUGACUACGUGUGGCAGUACGAAUAUUAUGAGGACGAAGAUCCCGUGUCUUUUGAUGGACUCAAAGCGCACAGAUACUCCAUCGUUAUCGGCUUCUGGGUGGGACUGGCAGUGUUUGUCAUGUUCAUGUUCUUUGUCCUCACGCUGCUCACAAAAACUGGAGCUCCACAUCCGGAAAACCCAGACUUGGCAGAGAAGCGGCACCGACCCGAGGCCUGUCUGGUGGACCUCAACGGCCACCAGGACRAAAACGACAAGGCGUUCUGUCGCCCGCUGCUCGUCGGCUCGCGUCCCUAUUUCAACUUCUACAUCAACGAGGAAGACCAGGAGCAGGGGAGGCCGGAGCGAGACCGGGACAGGAGCUCCGGCAGAGACAAAACGAGCAGAGGGCUCCUCUCCUCCGGGUUGGACGAGACGGACGAGGUGUUUGAGGRAACCGGGGGACGCCAGCCUCUCGGCGGACCGGUGGAGAAGACGAAGACGGACAGAGAGUUCCUGUCUCACUUCAACAUCCCAAACUUUGUCAACUUGGACCAGAGUUCAAUCCUGGGRGAGGAUGAUCUGCUGUAUGAGCCGUCGGUUAUAUUAGAGCGUCAGGCUCAAGCUCACUGUGAAACCCGCUGAGGCUGCUUCUGUGAUUAUUAUAAAUAAAGCGUAGCUGUGGUGAGGGUGUAAUAUAA